GUGUGCAACAGAGAAACAUGGCUCAAGAAACUAAUCACAGCCAAGUGCCUAUGCUUUGUUCUACUGGCUGCGGAUUUUAUGGAAACCCUCGCACAAAUGGCAUGUGUUCAGUGUGCUAUAAAGAACAUCUCCAGAGACAGAAUAGUAGUAAUGGUAGAAUCAGCCCACCUGCGGCUUCUGUCGGCACCCUGUCCGAGUCUUUCCCGGUCCAGUGCGCGGACGGCAGUGUCCCUGACGCGCAGUCACCCCUAGACUCCACAUCUGCAUCCGUGCAGCCCAGCCCUGUAUCAAAUCAGUCGCUUUUAUCCGAAUCUGUAGCAUCUUCCCAAGUGGACAGUACGUCUGUGGACAAAGCAAUCCCUGACACGGAAGACCUGCAAGGCAGCGGUCGCAGGGGAGACGCUCAGGAGGCUGGGAGCAGACUGCGCUGGAUGGGUUCUGUUCCACCAGCACGGGGACGAUGGCUUUACAGAAGGAGGACGCUCGGGAAAGUGGCACGUAUUGUAGACUGUGAGCGAAAUGGGUGCUGCGGGCAGACGUGGCAGCAGUUGGUGUCCACGGCCACCGAGGAUGAAGACAGGGUGGUGAACGUACACCAUGCGUGUGUGGAGGACGGCGUGGCUUUCUGCACUGAGUGGCCCUGGCAACAAGAGUACCAAAGGUGGCCUUGAAGCCACAUUAGGAGAAAUCGUAAGGCGUGUUGAAAAUCUGUAGACUCCUUUUUUCACGUACGAUUUCAGUGACCUUGGAGGUUAAGCCAGUAGCAGCUUCUAAGUACCUUUUAAAAACUCAGCAUUCGUUACCUUAGCGUUGCAGGAUCUCCGAGGAACCAGGUCUAAGUUUUCAUUUGAGUUUAAGAGGAUUCGUUUUCAGUAUUUUAAAAACGUCUUGCCCACCCCGUUGAAUUAAGACUGUCUUCUUUUAUGAGAAACGUGUACCCGAGUGCAGGUGUCUCCCACUGUCCAAAAGUAGAGCGUUUUUGUCAAGCCUUUUGUAAACCAAAACGGGAUAAAGAAGCAAGUGCCAUUUCAUAAACACGGAAAUUCUCUUUGGGUAUCUACUGGUUAGCAAAAACAGGUCCUAACGUAGGUUUUUCGUAAAAGUGAAGGGGCAUGAAGCAGAUUCGCAGAGAGCGGGGCCAGGCGUGCGUGAGCACGCGUGCGUGCAUGUGUACACGCACACUCCUAACACCGAGGUACUUGUGUUUUCCCUGGUGGUAGGAGUAAAUGCAGAGAACGCGUUUCUCCGUCUAUUUAGUGGAUGGACGAAAACUUGCAGAGAAGAAGUCUUGGACUCCAGCCCUACGGUGUCUGAGCUGGACUCCGGGCCAGAGUUGUGCCCACGGCCGUGGUGCUUCCUAGAUUAGGAGGUGGACGUGGCUUCCUGUCACCAGGGGCAGCCCUCCGUUGCCAGGGCAGGCUCCUCUGCUUUGGUGACCUGCCAAGUGUCUACUCCCUCUGUGUCCCUCAGGGAAAUUUAUCUAGAUGGGAAGAAAAUCCCAGAUGGAAAAGGGUACGUGAGUAGCAGCUGUGUACCCAAGCCAGACUUUCCUGAUGUUUUUUUGUUUAUUUUUGAGAGAGAGAGACCGAGUGCGAGUGGGGGAGGGGCAGAGAGAGAGGGAGACACAGAAUCUGAAGCAGGCUCUGAGCCGUCAGCACAGAGCCCGAUGCGGGGCUCGAACCCACGUACCGUGAGAUCAUGACCUGAGCCGAAGUCGGACGCUCGACCGACUGAGCCCCCCAGGCGCCCCUCCUAACGUUCUUCAUUGGAGUUUUCAGAUUAGGGUUCUUGAGACAGCUUUGUUCUCUGUAGGUAUUCUGCUGAUAAUUACGAUUUGUUGCCACCAGGUGGGCAGUACGCUUUCAUUUUGUCCCCGUGGCUCUGAAGAAUUUUUCUCGUGUUUAAAUGAGUAUUUAGCGUAUUACAGCACAUUUCUCAUUUCAUUAUUCUUUUUACUUUAACGAUUGGCGAUACCACACUCGCGUGGUCUCUAACUUAGGAAUGUCGGAUUUUCAGUUCACAAAAGGUAGCUUCAAAAAUUCUUUUAAGCGUUUUGGUGCACUUUCCCUGGAAAGUAGGAAACCAUCCUACUUGAUUGUCUGACGGCACAGCAUUGCCUCCCCCCCUUCAGUUCACCUGAGUCUCUCAGAUGCUGGAUCUUCCCCAAAAGAAGCGGCAUUGGGGUCCGAGGUUCUACUACAGCGUGUGGACCCGACACCCCACUUCUCUGAGCCAUAUUUGUGUCGUAAAGGAGAGGUGCCCCAAGCCCACAGGAUAACGGGCUAACCGCACAGUCUUACUCUGUGUGACGCCGCUUAAAACUCAAAGAUUUCUUCUGACUGGAGAGGGUGGGCGAGAAUAGCCGAACGGUCCUGGAAAAAGUAGAGAAGGGUUCAAAGUGUACCACCUGCUGCAGCCCCAAGACCGCGGGACAGGCGAGAGGACACUACCGUCGGGCCCUGGAGUGACACCGGGCGUCCGGAGAUACACCCCGCGGUUCGCGGGCAGCUCAUUUUCCGCAGGGAGCCGAGACCAUCCAGUAGGCGAAGCCUGGGCUUCAGCAGGUGGUGCUGGGACACUGGAAAGAAUGAGACCUCUCCUUCCCCUUUUACAGACGUUUGCCCCAAAACACAUCAAAGACCCAAAUGGUAGGAGCUGAAACUGGAAAACAGGCAUAACUCCUCAUGGCCUCGGGUGAGGCAGUGCCUCCUUGGACGGGACGCCUAGAGCACAAGGGACCGGAGGAAAACGGGCGCAUUGACCUACAGCAGAGUCAGGACCCGGGUGCUUCACGGAGCGCCGUCGGGAGCGCGAAAAGGCAAUCCAGAAAAUGGUUAAGAAUAUUUGUGAAUCCUGUAUCUGAUAGGAAUGUGUAAAGAGGUGUCAUCAUUCAACAAUAGAAAGACCAGUCUUUUAAAGGGCAAAGGAGAGGAUUUGAAAAGACGUUUCUCCAGAGAAGAUACACAGAUGGUCCACGUGUUGAGGAUAUGGAGGAAUUAGAACCGUAAUACAUGUUUCUCUUGAAUGUGAUCAUCCAUGUGGGUAGUUGAACGAUAAUUUUACCUGCCCUGUGCUUUUUAAAAUGUUUUUUAAGUUUAUUUAUGUUGAGAGUGAGAAAAUGAGUGUGAAUGAGGGGGAGGAGCAGAGACAGGGAGAGAGGGCGAGAGAGGGAACCCCGACCGAGCAGGCUCCGUGCUGUCAGCACAGAGCCUGAUGCCGGGCUCACUCCCACAAACCGUGAGGUCUUGACUGGAGCCGAAAUCAGGAGUGGGACGCGUAACCCACUGAGCCCCCCCGGGCGCCCCUGCCCUGUGGUUUUGAAGCAUCUUGAAGUCACUGGCCAAUCGACUUUGUCUAGUUGAGAUUCCCGUUAAAAAUGAAGUUGAUUCCACAGCCUUAAUGCCAUCGCACAGGCGGCCCGAGUAGACCUUCGGUCGUGCAGAUACGACGCAGGCAGCUGCCGGUCGCUAACCCUUAAUGAGCAGGUGCCCCCUUGUCUUCGGUGCUCAUUUCAGAUUGCGAAAAACUGCCCAGUUCCGAGCAGACUUCCUAUUUUGGCUUCAGGUUCAAUAUGAGUACGGCCCUUUUAACAGACUGGAUUGUUUCCUUUUACGUAAUCAUGAGUUUGAUCAGGCAUGCUUUGGUCGUAAGUCUCAUAGAAAGUAAGGAAGCAGAAUCUCUGGGAAUCGUAGACUUACGCCAAACACUGUAUCCUCUUGCCCACGAAUUGAUUUGUGAAAUGUUUCAACUCUAGCUGCCGACCACUAGUUUGAGGUAAGCUAAGGUCACCUUGGUCCCCUGGGGAUCUAGUGGACAGUGAUCAGCGUCAGAUGCUCGCCCCAGCUCCUGAGCUCUUAGAUUCCUUAUGGACUCUUAGCUCUACAGGCUGUGCGUUUGCUGUAGAUGGACCUUCAGGGUCCGUACCGUGAAACGUCUUCUUGAGACGCUUCCGUGCAACAGCAUUCGUGUGUGUGGCAGGCGAGUGCAUUUUCACGUCUCUGUUUCCACAUACCAGAGUUUGUGCCUCGGUAAUUAAAACGGUCUUGUUAAAAAAUGUUUUCUUGUGGUAGUGCUGUUACUGCCACUAAAGCAUUGUUUAUAUGUUUAUUUGAAUAUCACGGUUUCUUGGGAGAACAGGUUAGAUAUUACGGCUUACAGAUUUCAAAGACAAUAGAUACAUUCUUUUUGGACUGCAAGUUAAACUAUUUUUGAGCCCUUUACACAUAGAGGGACGUUAUCUGAUACUGUUCGGGGGGCUGGGGAUACAACAAGUAAACGACACUCCGCCCCUGCCCCCCUGGAGCUCGAGUCCUGAGGCUGUUUGUUGAUUGAUGAUAAAAGGUUUUAUGUGUCCAUAACGUGUUUCAAAAUAAAACGUUCGUGUUAGUAGAACUGUCUCCCAUCUGGCUUCAGAAUUUCUAGGUGGUGUGAUCACAGAGUUGUUCAUUUGUGCGUGUUCACUUGUUGGUCUGUGCUGUUUGGUCUUCGUCGUGUUUUGUUAAAAUAGGAGGUCAUACGGUUAACAUAGGUUAGAAUCCAUGACCUCACAUGACCGAGUGCCCGCUCCGCGUAGCUCGCUGGACGGGAGCUGGAGGUGCGGACGGGAAAUACGAUACCGUCCCUCCUUGGUGGGCUGACCCCGUAAUUGGGGAAACCGGGGCACGUCAUUACAGAGGGCCAGUAGUUCAGGAAUGCGGUCCGGGUCUCUGUGCGGCGCCAGCUUGCGGUCGGGGCUCGAGGAUCGGCACCGGGAGCAGGAGCGGGAAGGACGAGCCCCCGCCCUGGAGGAGCUCACCGGACAAGCUCCCACCCUGGAGGAGCGCACCGCUAAGCCAGGUUCAGGCAGACCGGCGGUUCCCACCGUGUGGGCAGCACCACUGGGGCGCACGGUAAGCUUCCUAAUCCAGGUCGGUGCGUGGGGGUGGGGAAGAGUUGAUGGUAGACGCUUAAAAAUGAGAGUCAGCCCCGUGAAGAGUGGGACCCGAGGGCCGUGGGCAAGCAUUCCACACGGAAAGGAGGCCGACGAGACCAGAGGCCAGAGACUGUGUGUGUUCAGAGAGACAGGCGCUUCGGGGCGGCUCUAGCAGGGGGAGGGUGCCGCCGGGCCUCCAGGCUUUGUCCUGGGGGUGAGUCACAUCGCGGGGCGUGGGUUCCGUGCCGUGUCAAGUGUGGCCUGGAGAGGCACGCACGUGGCGGGCCCAGGAUUUGGUGGGACUGGUCAGGGAGCCAGGGGUGAUGAGUGAGCCUCGUGGAGAAGUGGGACAGCUUCUGUGGAGGAGGGGAUACCCGAGCUGCCCCUGAGAAAGAAGAGCAGGUGGACCCAGGUGUGAGGAGGUCGAGGAAAGGGCCCUUGGGUCCCGGCCGUGGGUGGUGUGAACACAGGUGCCUGGCCCCACGGCGACCGUGGAGGGUCACUGUUUCGGAGCGGGAUGGCGCGUGUGCUGGGUCACGUGACCGCCCCUGCCUGGUGACCGCGUCCCGGAGGGCUCAGUGAGGUAGGGUUUAGGUGCGGGAAUUGGAAUCUUGGUGCAGCCGGCCUUCGCUUCACUGCCUAAAUGCGUCAUUUUGUUAUCCUGUUUGUAACAUUCUAUCUACUACAUCGACCUUGCCAGCAUUUUAAAGGUUUUAUGUGAAACAUUCUGAGACUUUUAAACAUGGUGCUCUACCCGGUCUUGCUUUCAGCCUUUUUUUGCCCUUGUUCUGAGAAAUCUACAUAGUUCGGACCCCAGCAAUAUUCAGAAGUUGGCCUGUGGCCAUCUCCUGACACACUCCCGUAGAAAAUACCCCAGGAGUAUUUGUGUGCGUGCGUGCGUGCGUGCGUGUGUGUGUGUAUGUGUGUGUAUGAGUGCUUGCACCUUUUAUUUCAAAUACAUAAUUUAAAAAACCUAGGGAAUGCCGAGCUAGAUCUUGAGUAGUCAGUGUUAACAUAUCGAUACAUGUUCUUCCAGAUUUCCUGCGUGUGCACAUCCACACGUACGUCACAUGCACACAUACAUUUGAGGAAUAGGGGGUCAUGUUAUGUAAUCGGCUUUGUAACUCCGUGUAAGCCUCUUUCCGGGCUAACGGAGUCCUCAGUGGCCCUCACAGGAACAGACUGGUGGGGUGGGAGGGGGACGGCCACCAACCAGUGUCAGAACCUUACUGAAUAAUUAAACUGUACCUCCUUCCUGUUUUGUCAGCUUCAGUAUCAGAUACGGCACAGCAGCCAUCGGAAGAGCAAAGCAAGUCUCUUGAAAAGCCAAAACAGAAAAAGAACCGCUGUUUCAUGUGCA